AUGGACUGGGUUCGGAUGGUUGAUUCAAAAGUCAAAACACAUUUAAGGACUCACACGUGAGCAAGCAGUGCACAGAGCUGGCAUUUAUACAUCUCUCUCUGUCUCUCUCUGUCUCUCUCUCUCUCUCAGUUUCUCCCCCAUUGAUGCGCUCUGUCAAAGCGGACUUCUGCGUCUCUGGAAAACUACUAUUCCUGAAAACCUCGUACAUCAAGCUGGGAGCUCCAUACCCUUACCAAUAAACAAACAAAAUUUACCUUCUUUCUUAGUUUAGCCUGUCUUAUAUAUAUCCCUAAUCCCUUUUGUCAAUUUCUUUUAUAAAUAAACACUGGACCACUUGCCCCCUUUACCUUGCCUUUUAAGCACACUAUUCUCCCUCAUUAAUUUUCCUUUCGUCUCGCUUCAAACCCGCUCUCUUUCUCGCUGAUCAGCAAGCAAGUCCACAUCCAUACCCAGAGAGCAUGCCUGAAUGUCCAGAGAAAGGGAGAGAUUUGAUGAGAUAGGCAAAAGGAUCAAGAGAGAAACCGAUGCUUCUUCUCAUGUGGGAAGAAGACACAUGUUAGGUCCACCUGGAACCCUCAAUACGAUUACACCAUGCGCUGCUUGUAAGCUCUUGAGACGAAGGUGUGCCCAAGAAUGUCCCUUUUCUCCAUACUUCUCCCCCCAUGAACCACAAAAAUUCGCUUCUGUUCACAAGGUCUUUGGUGCCAGCAACGUCUCAAAGAUGCUAAUGGAGGUACCGGAGAGUCAAAGAGCCGACGCUGCAAAUAGUCUUGUCUACGAGGCCAACGUGAGGCUGAGAGACCCGGUCUAUGGGUGCAUGGGGGCCAUCUCGGCUUUGCAACAGCAAGUUCAAUCUUUACAAGCUGAACUCAAUGCAGUAAGGGCCGAGAUACUCAAGUACAAAUACAGGCAGGAUGCUAAUAUCAUGUCCUCUUCUCAACAUUUGGCUUUGCUCACUUCUUCUGGGGCUGUUUCGGUUGCAGCACCUCCACCAACUCCGCCACCACAGCCCUCACUUCCUCCUCUUCCUCCUACUUCCUCCUCUUCUUCCAUUUACACCCAACAAACCAGUACUGCUGCCGACUAUAGUACCAUUUCAAGUGACAAUAUUGGCUCCUAUUUUGGUUAAUUUCCUAGACCGAAAAGAAUCUCAUUUUUUUUUUUUUUCUGUAUUAUGAUUUAUGAAUUAAAUCAAGUUGAACUGGAAU